UUCACUGUUUGCGGAAGAUUUUGAUUUGAAUUUCACUUCAACUUUUGUAACUGGCUCUCACUUUGUCGGAUGACAGUUACCUCUCAUGGCAACAAUAAAUCGUAGCAAUGAAUCUCUGGUCAUUGGACACUUCAGGAAUAUUAAAGACAGACUCUUUGGAAUUAAGCGUUCCAAGAACGAACCUUAUGUUGCUACUGACGGAGGGUGUCUGGGCGGGUUUGACACCUUGCCGGUGGAAAUACAGUUCCUCAUCAUGACGUUCCUGUCUCCGCAAGAUCUCUGCAGACUGGGAGGCACCAGUCGGUAUUGGCGAGCACUGAUUCGAGACCCUUCUCUUUGGAAAUAUUUGUUGUUGCGAGAUAUGCCUCUGUGGUCAUCAAUUGAUCACCUUUCAAUGCCUGACAUGGCGAGUCUGGAGAGAUCUCUGUCAGAGAGCUCAGAGUCAGAAAGCCGAGAUUUUAUGGCAGAUUACCUCAAGGUUUGUCCAUCAUGCCGCAGCCUGUGGCAUCAGUCAAGGCCAGCCUAUGGGGCAGUGACAUCCUUCCUGAAGUCCAUGGUGGUGACGGCGGCGGAACCACGAUUUGCCAUGUUUGGACCCGGGCUGGAGAAACUAGAGGUGUCUUUAGUGACAACUAUGCUGAAUUCCCCACACAUCCUACCAGUCACGGGCGUAACUCAAAGACAGAUCAAUGGCAUUGGAUCAGGAAUUAGUUUUAUGUUCAAUGACCAGCAGAAGUUCAACAUAUUGACACUUUAUUCAACUAACAGGUCAGAGAGAGAGCGAGCUCGGCUAGAGAAUGUGGAUGUCCAGAGCAGACUGUUUAUCCAGAGGGAGGAUGAGGAUUCGGGGAGGCCCACGUUCGACCUCGCUCCCAACGUGCAGGAAGUGUGCCUAUCUGUUGACGGAUUCAUCUUUGUGACAAACGCAGAGCGAGGAAAAGUGUCCGAUGAAGCGCUGGAGAAGGAGUUUGCCCAGAUCGAGGCCAUGUUGGAGUUUGUGCGGUCCUCCUCCUCACGGCCCCUCCUGGUGUUGUCCUGCGUGGCCCGCGAGGGCCCUGAGUGGCCCCGUGUCCCCUGCCUAAAAGUAGCCCAGCGGCUGAGGCUCAGUGUCCUGCAAAACCCCUGGAUGGUGCAGGACACAGUGGCAGAGACUCUAUCAGGCCUUCGGGAUGGAAUCCUGUGGCUACUCAGGAAUUCUGGAAUAAGACUCUAGCCCUGGUGAGACCCCAUGUCUAUAACUGCAGUAAAACGACGACUAAGACAUUGACAAUGAGUCACUCAAAGUUGUGUUCUGGCGUUUAGACCUGUAGAUGGGCGCAUCACAUUAUCAAUGAUACAACAUCAUGCAGGUCUUCUGUGAACAUUAAAUAGUUCUGUUGGUUUUAAAUUGACGGCAAUAAUGUCAAUGGAGCCUCCGAGAACUCAAUCUUGGUCAAAAGGUAUUCAGUGAUUUAGCUGUUUUCUUGGUUACAGCAUAAUAUGUAUACCAACCAUCAGUCCACUUCAUAUGCUUUAUUUUAGAAUCUGACAUGUUCAUAUCAUUUGAGGAUCCGUAUAUAUUUUUAGGCUGUCGGAUAACAUAUCAGUCAUUUGUUUAUUGACACAUUGUACAUGCUCAUACUUUUUUUACCCCUUUGCUGGAUAUGGAGAUCCUUGUGCUGUUUAAGGAAGAAGGUAUUGACUAAGCAUGAUGUAGUAAAACCAAAUGGGUUUGUUCUGUUCAGAAUAAUACAAUUCACAGUGAUGUCGAUAAUGUUCUUUGAUAAGGAUCACACUUCAACCACCAGGGGGCAGCACAGUCCUGUGUCUGCGGUUGCUGGCUGUGAAAUCUGUUGAUGUGUUAAUAUGCUUUCCAUUUGUGUGUUUCUGCUGAUUCAGUCCAAGCUGCUGAUGUGAACCUUUGAAGUAAAAUGCCACGGCUGGGUCACACUAACUGCCUUUCGCAUUCAGCACAUGUGUAUUUUUUGGAUCAGUUUGACCAAAGGGAUGCUAUUCGGAUUCCUCCAUUUUAGAAAAUUGCAGCCAUGUACAAUUUCACAGUAAUUCACACUUUUUAUUUUUGUAGUCCGUUUGAGACUAUAAAGUCGUUCUUAACAUGUCAAUUGUUCUGUUAGGUUUUUCUUUUGCUCACACUCAUGCUGUUUGAGCUCCUUUUGCUUUCCUUCAUACUCGGGAAGGUCUCUUGGGUUGUGUUCCCAUUGCGGUACAUAAAAUUGUGUUUUUCUUGGUUAAAUUCAAUCACACUAACUCUUUUUAUUGUUACAUUUUUUUUGUUUCACCAUGGUUGGAUUUUGAUAUCCAUACAGAAGUUAGAUUACACUUCAAAACAUGUACUUAUUUUUACACAGAUUGAUAGUUCAAUAUUGCCAAUAUUUUAAAGUUUUUCCAAAUGCCUUUACAUUGUGUUGAUUGUUCUAUAUAUUUUAGUCCAAACUGGAAAGGACAGUUAGUCAUACUCCAAGACAGAAAGCACGUUGGCUGUGUAUAUACAUAGCACACACAUAGCACACAUGGAGAGCUGAUCACCAGAAUGUCAACGGUACAGUGAAUUCACUUACCUGCCAAGGAGGCUCAAAAUGGUGGCAAUCAUGAUGUACUGUAGCAAAUUUAAACAUAAAAUGGAAAUUGGUGCAAUUUGGAUGCAUUAAGUUCCCCCAGGGUGAUAAAAAUGGCUGAUUUCUCCCUGUGAAAAUCCAGUGUAUUUGGACAUGUGAGGACCUCUGCAAGCAGUGGAAAUAUAUUUUUGUUUCUGAACAUCCUGGCCCCAGUAAACAAAACGGCUCCCUAGGAUCCCAUGCAUUACGUAUGUAUGAUUUGUUAGCCAAGCCACUGGUUCUUUAUUUUUGCUCACAGUCGCCAUCUUUAAACAAAGUGUAUGUCAAUGGGCAUCCUUGCUGUUAUUCGAGGAUGAUUACAAAGGAAAUGAUGGUGGAUACUCAUUUAAACAAUAAUUAUAGAACAAAUAUGAACCAAACUGAAAUGUACUGGGGGAAAAAAUCUAAAUGGCUGGAAUUUAAGGGAUCCUGGUGUCUUAUGCAUAUUUGGUGGGUGCGCACAGAUUCUUGCAGACUGAAUGAUUUACGGGAUGGCCAAAGAUACUUGGAGGCAGCAUGUUGUCCACAGAUUCUUUCCAGAUCCAUCAUGCUCUUGGAUGUGUGCUUGCUUAUGGACUGCUCUCAGUAGGACCCGUGCCUUAGCACAGAGUUGGGUUGGUUUUGCAAAAAUGUGGAAUAUGAGGUCAGCUAACCAUCCUCUUCUUGAGCAUGUGUAUUCGGGGUUAUUGAAUUUAUACACUCAGACACUGCUCUCUCUCUCUUUCUGUGUGUGUGUGUGUGUGUCUAAAUGCCAAAGGUGAAUUGGCGUUUAGAGACACAGAUUUCAUCAUGUCAAACUGCAGAUCAAGCCGAUCAUGUAAAACUCCUGAUCGUGUAAAUCAUAUAAAAAGUGUUACUGUCCUGUGAAAAACAAAGCUUGCCUUCAGAGAUGCAUUUGUCCACAUAUGCAACACACUUGUGAGAGAGCGUAUGGAGCUGUGCACAUAUUGUUUUCAUGUGUUUUCUGUGUGUCCUCUGCUGGAAAACCCUAUAAGGCAGAACAA